UAGUAGUACAGUUGAAAAAGUUAGAAGAAGAAAAAAACUUUUAUCCCACUCUAUAAAUACAAAACUUUUAAUGUAAAUUAUUCUCUUUUAUCACUUAUCAUAGAAACAUAUUGAAUAUUGAAUAAAUAAGUGAAAGAAUCAAGUUAAUUAACCAGAACAAACAAAAGAAGAAGUAAAUUUUCUUGAAAGAAAAAUAAAAAAGUAAACAACAGCAACAGCGAUAAAAUGAACACAUAUAUGGUACUAAUGUUUAUCUUAACUAUUAUUAGUGUACACUUUCAAAAUACAAUCGGUUUUACAGAAGUAGAUGAUUAUGAUACAUGGCAAAGAUAUCCAAAUUAUGAUUAUCAAAUGGCUUAUACAAGAAGAUAUCCAGAUUAUCAUAAACGUGGAUUACGUAAUAUGCGUAUGGGUAAACGAUCAAUCUAUGAACGUAUGAAAUCUAUACCAACUGAUUAGAUCAUAAUAACUCUUACUUAUCAUCAGUAUUGUUUACAGAAUAAUAUUGGACAUAUAAUAAUAAUACUUAUUGUAUUGUUUGUUUAUAUGAAUGGAUUCGAUAAAUAAAGAUGAAGGGAAAUUUUUUUCUUCUUUUUCUACAUAAAAUUGUCAAUAUGUUGCUAACGGCAUUGACUUAUGUGUUACUAUGCAAUUUAUCUAUCUACAUACAUAUACAUAUUCAUAUAUAAGAGUUUAUGCUCCAUUACAAAGUAUAUCUAUGUGCAAUAAUUGAAAUGUAAUU